GUCUAUGCGACUAACCACCUGCUCACGUGACGUACACUUCACGUAGUCAUGGCAGACGACUACAGGCGACAGGAUUUUGAGUUGGAGAGGAGAAUAUUUGAGCUAGACAACAAAUGUGCAUGUCUCCGAGCUGAAAAGCAAGAUGACGACUAUUUGCAGAAUGCUUCUACCAUACUAGAGAAGCUGAAAAGCUUUUACAGACAAGGAGGAGAAAGCUUCAACCUCUCCAAGCUGCUCCAGGAUUACACACAGGUCAUUCUUGAUAUCACUUUUUAUGAAGAAAAUCAACUGGUGGAUCAGGAAUUCCCUGAAGACUCCGCGCCAUUUAAGAUCCAGCAGCUGCUGCAAGACCUGACUGAGCCAGAAGUUUUAGUGGCGAGGCUGACACCAGGACAGGAGGUGCAGUCUGUGUUGGGCACAGAGCUGUUGGAAUGCCUUUACUGGAGACGUGGAGCUCUGCUGUACAUGUACUGCCACACCCUUCAUCAGCGAAAGCAAUGGAUCAAGAAAAACAAGGACACAUUCAUUAAGUGUAUUCAGGAAGGCGUUCGGUAUUUGAUGCGGAUGCUCCAAGUUAGAAACACAGUGAAGCUCAACGACGGCGUGGUUCUCCACGACAGCGCUACAGCAAGCAUCUUAUCCGAAGGCAUUUUUUCAGACACUCACCUGCUGACAAUGAUGUACAUUGGGGAAAUGUGUUUCUGGGCUGUCAAGUAUGAGGACUGCAGCUCUGACUCCACAGAACACAAAGAAGAUGGCCUCCAGUUUCGGGACAUCGGCACACAGAUCCUUAACAAAUAUGUGCAUGCCUGCGAGGGCCCCCUGCAGGGCCAGGGCUGGAAUACAGAAAACGCCAAGGAAAUCCUUAGUAUUUUACAGUGAAAUAAACUGUUCGUGUGUAAACGUUACCAUCAGGUGCAGAUCUGAGUUCAGUGUUGAAAUGUGUCAAACCCAAAUAAAUAUGGAAGCCGAUGAAUGAGGUGAAGUGUUGUAGAAGGUUAAAGAGGGGGGCCACGCAGGGAGCGUAUGGGAAGAAACGGUGUCUUUGGGUUAUCUCGCACCAAAAGAACUUGGACAGAGCAUGUGGAUGAGAGUUUAGAAAGUACUGAGGAAGGAAACACAAAGGCUAAAAGACAGGAUGCUCAAUAAUUUAAUUAUUUUCUGCUGACUAAGCAGGUCUCAUCUUGAAUAGUGCUUGGAGCAGUUGUUUUGCUCUAAAAAUGUUAUAACUUUAUUAUUAAUAGGCAGAAGGUAUUUAAAUAUCUCUAAUUUUUAAGAUUGUUUUGAGAUUUGAAGAUAAUCCAGCAGGAUGUGUGACAUUGCACAUAACAUCUUAUUUAUUGUUUUGUUUAUUUUUGAGGGGGGUUGCCAUUUUUUAUUUUUAUUUUUUUCAAAUGUUUUUAGACGUACCAGUUUUGGCCAAUAUGUGUGUAUAAAAUAUACACAUAAAAGGUGAAGCAAGGUGUUUCAGAACUGAUGACCAAUUUUUGAGUAUGUUUAGGUGUGCUCAUGCCAUUUUUCUAAUGUGUUUGCUGUUUUCCCGUGUCAUAAAAUACAUUUUCCUUCCACUCCUCUUGGAUGGCGUUAGCAGUGUAACCAUUAAUCCAGAGCCUGUUAUUUAAAGAAGCAAAAUCAGUUUUUUUAUGUCCUUAUUGACAAUAAAGAUAUGAUUUGUUUUCAGA